GUGUCGUGUCUGUCAGUUCAGUUCAGCAGAUGCUGUUUAGUGUUUACCGAUAAAACAAAUGAAACGAUCAGUGGUGACUGGUGACUCGUAACGUGAGUGAUUAUUGAGUGGCUGUGUCAGUGAUUCGAUAAUGUUAUUUAAGCUCGUGUAUUAUUUUGUCACCUACGUUUACUCAGGUUGAUCAAAAUUUAUUUGCAGCCCCUCUUGGAUUUUCUCCUGAUAAACUUAAGUUACACAACACAAGUUGCACAACUAGGUAGAUAGUCGUAAGGUACCCCUGGGGGUGACAUUUCAUAUAUUAUGACGUCUGUUGGGACGCUAAGUGCUGUGUUAUUUUCUGUGUUUUUAACUCCAGUAUUUGCAUUUCUAUGUGCAAUCCUAGUGUGUGCAUCAGUUACCAAAUCAUUUGGGAUUCGAAGAGCCUACGUAAAUGUACUGGUCAGAAUCUUUGAGUAUGGCAGGAAUACAAUCGAAAGAAAACAUAAAACAAGAGAAAAUUCCAUGGAUGAAGAAGAGGAGAAAGAAAAAGAGAAACCGAAAGUAAUAAUUACAGUUGGAGAGCAACACGGAGAUGUUGAAAUGAAGGAUAACCAUGUGAAGGAGAAUAAUAAGUUGGAAAACGGACAAGCAGUUUUGAUAUCUCGGGAGGAUCUCAUCCUAGCUCCGGACCCGGAGCUGAACUACGUCGGGAACAACAAUUUGGAGAUCGGGAAAACCACAUUGCCCCGUAGUCGGUCGUACGAAACGCUAAGACGAGAGUUUCAGUUGUCUGAUUGUUUGAACUACAUCAAGGCUGGCGUGGAGGCCAUCAUCGAAGACCAAGUCACUUCUAGGUUCGAGGCUGAGGAACUAAAGAGUUGGAACCUACUUACAAGAACUAACCGCAGUUACGAGUUCAUCAGCUGGAGGUUAACGUUUAUCUGGUUCAUUGGCUUCAUCGUCAGAUACGGCUUUCUACUACCAACCAGGAUUUGCAUCUGCUUCUUUGGUGUGCUAUGGCUGACAUUCUGCACUGCCGUGGUGGGCUACGUUCCAGAGGGAAGGUUCAAGAGGUGGCUCAACUUCCACGUGUCCAUCUUGUGUUUCGAAGUGUUGUCCUCGGCCCUCUCGUCCGUAGUCAAGUAUCACAACACGGAGAACAGACCAAGGCGAGGGAUCUGUGUUGCAAACCACACGUCUCCGAUAGAUGUGCUCGUACUCAUGUGCGACAACUGCUAUUCACUGAUCGGGCAGAGACACGGAGGCUUCCUGGGGGUGUUACAGAGGGCGUUGGCUCGAGCUUCUCCUCAUAUCUGGUUCGAACGGGGAGAAGUCAAGGACAGGGAGGCUGUUGCACAAAGAUUGAGGCAACACGUGUCAGACCCGAAAAAUCCUCCGAUCCUGAUCUUCCCCGAAGGUACCUGCAUCAACAACACUUCCGUGAUGCAGUUCAAGAAAGGCAGUUUCGAGGUCGGCAGCAUCAUCUACCCUGUUGCCAUCAAGUAUGACCCGAGGUUUGGUGAUGCGUUCUGGAAUAGUUCCCGGUUCUCUAUGAUGCAGUACCUCUACAUGAUGAUGUCAUCGUGGGCGAUCGUCUGUGAUGUGUGGUAUCUGCCGCCCAUGUACCAGAAGGAAGGAGAGUCGGCCAUAGACUUUGCCAACAGAGUCAAGAGGGUCAUAGCCAAACAGGGCGGUCUCGUCGACCUCAUGUGGGACGGACAACUAAAACGAAUGAAGCCAAAGAAGGAAUGGAAAGAGAAGCAACAAGAAGAAUUCAGCAAAAGAUUAAAAGUCGAAUAAGAUACUUCUGUGCUAUUGUGAUAUGUGCCUAAAUGUUGUAUCAUCCGAUCUAUAAGUAAUGUACAUAUUUUUUGUGUAAAAUAGCACUGUUAAGUUUUGCACAAAUUGGUUGUAGUUUUACGUCCUAAGUUAUUUUUCAUAAUUUAUUAUAGGUGUAUCGAGUUAAAGAAAGGAUCUGCUCGUUUGCGACUUGUGAGACUGUAUCAAACGAACAAUGACGUUAACAGCGACAAAAAAUAUUUUGUACUUAAACCACUAGCUGGUCUGAAUCUCUUUAGCCGAGAAAGUUUCAUUAAUUUUUUUGUAAUAAUGAAGACUAUAACUACUAUAUUGUGUGCAAAACAUUGUUGCUGGAAUACUUAAAGCUGUAUGUAAAAACAAUUGAAUGCGUUUAGCGCAAAUAGCUUAGUUAUGGUGAUAGAAACGAUUGCAGCUAGACUGAGAAAGUGCACUUGGAAAGUUUCAUUUUGUAAGUUGUAUAAAGCAUUGUUAGCAUUAGAUUUAAUUAUUUUUUGCCAAAGUAUACAACCUAUGAAGUUAGUUCAGUGUUGUUCUCUAUGUCUCUUUAAUACUCUUAAAUUAUAUUAUACAAUAUUAUAUUUUUUAUGUUAAUUCAGCUUUAAAAACUAACCAACAGUUGAACCAUGAUACCACUUUAUAUUUAUUUAUGAAAAGAGAAACAUUAGAUUCAAUGUUGAUUAUGUUCCUCAGCCUUUGUAAUUUAUCUAGUUUAUUUUAUGUAUUUAUAAAAAAAACCACUCUGUUUACAAAUAUUGUAAAUCACCUUUAAGCUUAAUUGCACAUAUUUUGUUACCGGUACUUGGUUGUUAAAUUAAUUAUAAUAACCAAUUCAUAUUUAAGUCUAUACUAGAUUUAAGUGUUUGUUUAGAUAAGUAUAUGCAAACUGUUAACAAUUACUAGGCCAUCUAUUGAUGAUACUAUUUAAUAAAAGGUCAGCGUUAGAUAAUGAUAAAAACCAGGGUUUGGACGACCCACGAUCCCCUUUUUAAAAAAAUUGGAAAGACCAUGGGUUUGAAAACAAAGUAAAAAAAAACCAAAAGGUACAUUUUAAAUAAUUAAUCGUAUUCAUAUUUUAAUAAUGUUUUUAAGCGUGGCAGUACAAAAACUAAAAAAAAACCACCGCCACAGCGAACCUGCAGACUAAGCGAAUUUCAGUGUAUAUGAUCAGAUUUUUACUUAAGUAUUUCCAUAAAUGUAAUAUUCAUUCCUCAUUUAAAUAACUUAAGAUUUAACGAGUGGUUAGGUUUGCUGCUAUGGGAAAGGUAAAAGUGUUUUUUGACAAAAUGUCAAUAGUAUAGGCUGAAAUAAAUUUGCAAAAUUUGAUCAACAUUUAUACAUAAACAAUGAACUACAACAGUUUUCUUUUUCUCCAUAAGAAUAACAUCAGAAUUAAAAUGUUCAGUUUUUUUUAAUUUUUCCUAUUACUUUUAAUUGCGCAACAAAACUUCAAUAUACAAAAUAUUUGUUUUUAAGCUCUACACGAUGGGUGCAAUGGAAACUGAGCAUUUCCAUGUUGUAAAAAAAAAUAAUAAAAAUAAAUUAUUUUUUAAAAUUUCAAACCCCCAUAAUACCCUGUUUCUAUGACCUGAUCUUGUGGGAACUCAUUUAAGUUUAUUUAGCCCUACACCUUAAAACCAAAUUAAAAUUUGAUCAAAAUCGGACCAAAAUUACUCAAUUUAUAAUGUUCCUGGGGACAUAUUUAUUUAUAACAAUUGAACAAUGAGUGUUUUUGGCCUCUAGAGACAUCAAAACUAAACAGUAUAUUGGUCCCGGGUCUAUUUCUUACCAUCAAUAGCUACUUCUCUAUAGCAGAAAUUCACUGAAAUUGCAGUUUAUUCUAUUUCCAAAGUUUUAACAAAUCUAUCAAAUUAUUCUUGAGGAAUAGAAAAUGAGGGUUAGUUUAGGUUUAACUUAAUUAGGCUUUAAAAAAAAUGUUCUAUUAAAUCCUAAAUCGAUCCAAAAUUCAGUAUUUCCCUGUACCUUUUAAAAUGAUUUACAAAAACAACUUUUUUUUAAAUAAAAAGUUAUCAUAGUGACCGAUUAAUUAGACAGUAGGAUGAAAGAUGUAACAGUUGUAUUCAUUGAUUUUAGUUCAACACUGUUUUUUUGUAAAGUAUACCAUUGCGAUCUUUUAACUUUGUGUUGUGAUUGAAAAUACCGUAAAGUUAAGUUUGUUGCCAAGUUUUAAAAUUGGUUUUAAAAGACUGCUUUAAGGAUCCAGUAGCCUAAUUUAUGUAGCUUUUAGUACAUCGGUGUACGAUAAUUUGUAAAUGUAAACUCGAGAACAGCUGAUCAUCGGUGGAAUAAACAUGUUCAUGUAUGAUUUUCAAAUGUAAAAGAUUACGAUUGCAAUUGAAUUUUGGCAAGUCACAAGAGCUAUUAUCAGGGCCAUUAAUGACAAGUCAUUAUUAUUUGAGUCCUCGAUUAGGUCUGAUGAUUCUGUAUGACUUGACAAAAUAGAUUGCCAUCUUUUCUUCACAUUUACUCUCACAACGUUUACAGUAUAAGUGUAAACAUAUCGAAUAGUAUUGGAAUACGUAUCUAAUCACAUCCUUAUGAUUUUCAUUCAGAUUUAAGUUUAAUUCUGCAAAACGUUCUAGUUUUUGUUGUCAACAUUAUGUUAUAUUGCAAUUUCGGCUAA